UUUCCAUUUUAGUUUUUUCUUAUGAGUUAGGCUUAGGCUUAGGAUUUUUGACUACCUAUUAACUAUUAUAUUCAUUUUGUUUUGAGUGAAUAUAGCGAAGUAUAGUGAAUAAAGUAUACAAAGCGUUAUUAAGUAUACUGAAUUAUAUCAUUGAAUAUUCCAAUAACCGUAAUGGAUUCGGACUCUACAAAUCGGAGCGAAGAAAAUGGUGAUGCUCCCAGACACACUUUAAUCGGAAAAUGUGUUAUGAAAACCUUAACACAUCCAUUAGAUUAUGCUAGAUUUUUAGCACAGAUUGGCCAUGAACCAAUGGCUCCAUAUCGACACAGAAGUAUUUUUGGUGAAGAACGUUUGUUCCUUCCUAAUUUAAUAGUUUAUGCUAAAUAUAUUUAUUCAGUUGAUGGAUUUAAAGGAAUGUAUAUUGGAUUAGGUCCUAAGAUCCUGGGAAUUUGUAUUGAACAUUAUUCAUCAUCAUUAAUGUCUGAUUAUAUACAAAUUGACAAAAGUCAAAAUGUAGAUAAAGAUUCAGAUUUAGAAGUAUGGAAAGAUUGUGCAAUUAAAACAUCAAAGGAAAUGAUAUGUACAGCCACAAGUAUAAUUUUGAGCCAUCCCUUUCAUAUUGUUUCUAUGAGAAUGAUGGCCCAAUUUGUUGGUUAUGAACAUCGUUACACCUUAGUGUUACAAUCGGUGUUACUUAUAAACCAUGAAGAAGGAGUAAAAGGGCUCUUUGCUGGUGUCAUUCCACGUCUAUUUGCUGGUUUAGGAACUGUUAUUCUUGUUAAUAUAGCAAAACAAGUAUUUUCACGUUAUUUAUUUGAUCCUUCGCCCAUGACUUUGAACAUUGCUGAGUUUGCUGCUUCGUUUCUAGCUACUGCUGCUACUUAUUCAUUUAAUGUUGUAACUGCUUGUACAGCAAUUAACAACUGCGGGUUAGCUGCUGGUAUGCCUCCUGAUAUGCCUGUAUUUGGAAAUUGGUUGGAAUGUAUGAAAUACCUGUAUAGAACUGAUCAGUUGAACCGUGGAUCAUCAACUUGGUUUAGACGUGUCCCACUAACAAAUUCCAAACUUCUAAAAAUGCUCUAAUCUAGCUGCCUAGUCAUUCAAUGUUGAUUGUUAUUUAUAUGUACAAAAUAAAAAUAAGUUAAUUUUUUUAGUAAAUAUUUUUAUUAGAAUUGAAAACAUAAAUAGUAUUGUAUCAACAUAUUUCAAAUUGCAUUUUAAUUAUUAUUACAAUAAUUUAAACAUAUAUGCAAAGCCUUUUUUAUUUUGUGUAAAUAUUUGGUAUGGGGCGUAUAAACAAAAACCAAUAGGUACCAAAUUUUGUACACAUCAUUGAAAAUUUUCAACCAUUACAGGUAGCAUUCAUACAUGAAUUUUUUUUUGCCUCUCCAAAAAUCAAUUGUUUUUCUGAUAUAUAUGUUGCCAUUGCCCAUUAGCUACAAAAAUGUAUAAUAUAAUCUAUUAACACAGUGAUUCUUUUAUUGAAUUACACUCAUAUCAAAAUUUAUUUAAAGUUUUUAAAAAUACUUUUUUAUAUUUUUUUCAGUCAAAAUAAAACAUUUUGCUUUUUUAAAUAUUAUUUUAAGUUUUCCUUUUUUUUUAUAACAACAUACACUUUUUAAUUUCAUAUUCUGAAGCAGAAUAUUUGUUGUAUCUGUAUACAUAAAUAUCAAAAUUUAGACUUUAUGAAUUAUAAGUAGGGCUCAGAUUUAUAUGCUCUAAAAACUAAAAUAUACAUUAUAAAGUAUGCAUUUAUGUCCUUAUUUUUUAGAAAUAUAUAUUUAAAAAUAUAAAAUAUGCUUAAAAGUCUAACUUCAUUAUUUUUAGUAUCUACCUAUAUCUUUAUAUAAAAUUAUAUUAUAUAAUUCAUUUUCUAUGGUAAAUUCAAUCAAAAAUUUUUUUUUUAUAAAUUUUACAUGUAGUUAAAUGAUUUUUUCACAUUUUAUUAAGUAUAAUUAAUAUAACUAUAAAUACAUUAUUUAAUUAAUAUUAUCAAAAUAUUAUAUAAUAGAUAUUAUUAUGCAUUUUAAAAACUGUCUAUAGGCAAAGAAAAAUUGUAAAAUAUAGAAACAUGCAAUGCAUGUCAAAAUAUGGCAAAAUAAAACUGUAUUUUAGAUUUAUUUACUAUAGUUCAAACUUUAGCAAAUCUAGUUACUUUUUGGACUGUUUAAAAAAAAAUAUAUAAAUCCGGGCCCUUGUAAGUUAUAGUGAACUGAAUAAUAAACCAGCAUUUUGUAAUGUACUCCAUACCACUCCACUCCACCCUCUAAUACAUUUAUACUUAUAACUCUAACUAUAUUAUAUGUUGUCAUUAAAAAAAGUAAAAACGUAAAAAUUAAAGUAUAUUAAAAAACCUGAGAUUACCUAUUUAAUA